AUUGUUUCAAGAAUUGUCUGUAUCAUCUGUUUCAUGGAAGAGUGUAAAGCACUAGCAGUAGAAUUGGAUUUUUGGAAGGAGAGGGUGGUUUUGGACUAGCAGCAGACAUUUUUGGCUGGAGGAAUAGCAACUUGAAACUUCACUUACUGAAGAAACCUGUUCACAAUUUUGUCUGUUCUUUUUUUUUUCCCCAGCGUUCCUGAAAUAAACUUCCUGCAAUUCUUUGCAGUGUGCAGGUGUCCAGACUCCCCUUUACUCAUGGUCGCCUGUGAAACCCGUCAGGCAACUGAAGGCUGUACCUAAAAUUCUGCUGGCAGUGCAGCACACUGCAGGGGCCUUGAUAUAGUUACGGUGGACACCUUGUGCAGCAGCCACAGCUGUAGCAUCCCCUCGUAGUCCGAACAACUGAGUAUUGCUGUCCAGGAGUCUGCACGUGUGGAGGACUGCCUGGAGUAGAAAGAGGAAAGCUGCAGAGAUUGUGAGCUGCUGCUUGAUCCGUGUGGCUCUUGUGCCGAGGAACAUCAAAACUUUGCUGGAUGGAUCCGACAGCUCGUUGCAAAGUAGAGGUGCUAGAGGGUGCUGCUGAAGAAGAGGCUGAAGAGCCAGACGCAACUGUACAUGCUACACUAAGUGAGGAGACCAGCAACCCUGAAGAGAGCCACAGUCAAUCAGGGGAGAAAGAUGAAGAGAAGCAGCUGGAAAGCUUAAACAGCUAUAAGGUAUCACCAAGUUCCCCAAACAGUUUGGACGGAGCGGACUUGUCCUCCAUUGACGCCAUGAUGUCAGCAGUGAUGAAUGUGGGGAAGAUUGCUGAAAACGGCGGGAAUUCUCAAAAUGUCAAAUCUCCCUCAAAGUCUCCUGCACCAAAUCGGAUUGGCAGGAGGAACCAGGAAACAAAAGAAGAGAAGUCUUCCUAUACCUGUCCUCUGUGUGAAAAGAUUUGCACUACACAGCACCAGCUAACUAUGCACAUUCGUCAGCAUAACACUGACACUGGAGGGACAGACCAUUCCUGCAGCAUCUGUGGAAAGUCUCUGAGCUCAGCGAGCUCCCUUGAUCGCCACAUGCUGGUGCACUCAGGUGAAAGGCCUUAUAAAUGUUCAGUAUGUGGACAGUCCUUCACCACCAAUGGAAACAUGCACAGGCACAUGAAGAUUCAUGAGAAGGAUCCAAACAGCACAGCGAGCACCACUCCCCCCUCGCCACUGAAGCGCAGGCGAUUGUCUUCGAAACGGAAGUUCAGUCACGAUGCUGAGCUGGACAGAGAGGAGAGGACACCUGCAAAAAAGGUUCUCGAGGAUGGCCAUUCCGGUGAAGGGGAUAAGAGGGCUGACGAUGAAGUUUAUCAUUGUCCAGUGUGUUUCAAAGACUUUUUUUGCAAGUAUGGGCUGGAGUCCCACAUGGAAACACAUCCAGAUAAUUCAUUGAGGUGUGACAUCUGUUGUAUCACCUUUCGUACUCAUCGGGGCCUACUGCGCCACAAUGCAGUUAUCCACAAGCAGCUUCCCAGAGAUCCCAUGGGAAAGCCCUUCAUUCAGAACAAUCCUUCAAUUCCAGCAGGCUUCCACGACUUGGGAUUCACGGACUUCUCCUGUAGGAAGUUCCCCCGCAUUUCUCAGGUCUGGUGUGAAACAAAUUUGCGAAGGUGCAUCAGUGACUUCCAUCGAUUUAUUUGCGAGAUGUGUAACAAGGCAUUCCCCAUGCUUUCAGCACUCAAACUGCACACAGAAACUCACGUGGUGGAUCAGGGAAAAGACAAGCACAAGCCACAGUCCACAACCCCACCCGGUGAGAGCCCAGACCAGAAAGUCUUCAUGGCAUCCUUGGGCCUACAGUACACCAAAGACAUCAAGCCUGUCAAGCAGGAGGACAAUACACAAGACGAGGUCCAAGAAAUGCGGCUCAGAGCUCUGAAGAGUAACCUACCUCAGGAACCUGGCAGCACCAGUCUGCUCAGCCUCUCUCCUCUGGAAGCUGCCUCCAUGGGAGGGUCAUUUUCAGUCCUUCCCCCUACAAAAGAAAACAUAAAGCUUCUCUCCCUGCAGCCUUUCCAGAAGGGUUUUAUUAUCCAGCCUGACAGCAGUAUUGUGGUGAAACCCAUCUCCAAUGAGUCUGCCAUUGAGCUGGCAGACAUUCAGCAGAUCUUGAAGAUGGCUUCUUCUGCUCCUCCUCAAAUCAGUCUUCCUCCACUUUCUAAGGCACCUUCUGUCCCCGUGCAGUCUAUUUUCAAGCAUAUGCCACCACUGAAGCCAAAGCCUUUGGUAACGCCCCGAACAGUUGUCGCAACCUCUACACCUCCUCCUCUUAUCAGUGCCCAGCAAGCCUCCCCUGGCUGCAUCAGCCCAAGCCUCCCACCUCCCCCUCUGAGGCUGAUCAAGAACUCAGUGGAAUCUGUCUCCAAUUCUCAUCUCCCCCAGCCAGGAGCCAAAUCAAGUCCUUCCUCACAGCUGCUCCUCCAACCCAAAGUAGAGCCGUUAACUCAGCACGAGAUGAAGACACAGCUGGAGCAGGACAGCAUCAUUGAAGCUCUCCUGCCUCUAAGUAUGGAAGCCAAGAUCAAGCAAGAAGUCACAGAAGGAGAACUCAAAGCCAUCAUCGCAGGGGCAGCAAACAAGAAGACCCCGACUAUGAGGAAAGUUUUGUACCCCUGCCGUUUCUGUGACCAGGUGUUUGCCUUCUCUGGUGUCCUGAGAGCUCACAUCCGUUCUCACUUAGGUAUUUCCCCGUAUCAGUGCAACAUCUGUGACUACAUUGCAGCUGACAAGGCGGCGCUGAUCCGGCACCUGCGGACGCACAGCGGGGAGCGACCUUACAUCUGUAAAAUCUGCCACUACCCCUUCACGGUGAAAGCCAAUUGUGAGAGGCACCUGCGAAAGAAGCACCUCAAAACCACCAGGAAGGAUAUCGAGAAGAACAUUGAAUAUGUCACCAGCAAUGCUGCAGAGAUGGUGGAUGCCUUCUGCUCGCCAGACACGGUGUGCAAGCUCUGUGGAGAGGACCUGAAGCACUACCGGGCGCUCCGCAUUCACAUGAGGACGCACAGCGGCUGCCAGAAGAAGAAGCCGUUUGAGUGCAAGGAGUGUGGCACGGCCUUUACGGCCAAGAGGAAUUGCAUUCACCACAUUCUCAAGCAGCACUUGCAUGUGCAGGAAAAGGAGAUUGAGAAUUACAUCUUAAUGGUGGACUGCAGUGCCCAGGAAAGCCAGACAGACCCUUCUCUAUUGGAUGACAGCACUUAUAUGGACCACAAGCCCAUGACGCCUUUCCUGGAACCACAGAACGGCUUCUUGCUGGGAACAUCAUCUCACGUUUCCAUCAAACGUGAACCUGUGGGCAACUACCCCAUGGAUUUUGAUGAGCCAUUGGAUUUCUCUCAGAAAAGCAAAAGCCUGAGUGCUGUGCAGGUGAAGCAGGAGAACCUGUUCGGUUCAUCUCUGUCCCUUUAUGACUGUUCCAUGGAGCCUAUUGACCUGUCCAUCCCCAAAAUCCUGAAGAAGGAUAAAGAUGAUGUCCCCUGUGAAGCCAGGAAUCAAGAGCUGGCUGCUUCUGGGAACAGUGAUAUGGCCUAUAACUGUCUGCAGUGUCCUUUGGUUUUUGGUGCCAGUGGGAACUCAGAAACAAACCGGGGUGUCAGACAUCCCCAGCCACUAAAAGGUUCAUUGCAUUUGACUGUCCCGAUCAUUUCCCCGGCUCUCCCUGGCAAUGCUGCCUUGCUGAGACCCCUGAGGCCUAAGCCACCACCACCACCUCUCUUGCCAAAGCCUUCGGUAACUAAAGAGCUGCCACCAUUGGCUUCCAUUGCACAGAUCAUUUCAUCUGUAUCUUCUGCUCCCACUUUGCUGAAAACAGAGGCUGCAGAUGCCAGUCCCAAGGCAGUGAGCAGCUCCGCUGGGUGUGACAAAUCAGGGAAUGCCAAAGCUAAAGUGACAAUCGUGAGCACCAUUCAGAGAGACUCCAGCCUGCCCAGUGACCUUUCUCAGGCUUGUGAUCUAGAGCAGUCUCCUGUUGCUGAUGCUGGGUUGACUAAGAAAAGAGGUAGAAAGAAAGGAACGAAAAAUAAGCCCAAACUUAUCAGUAGUGUGGAUCUGGAGUCAAGUGGGGAAUUUGCUAGCAUAGAGAAGAUGCUGGCUACCACAGACACUAACAAAUUUAGCCCAUUUCUGCAGUCCACUGACAAUUUCAAGGAAGAAAGUGGCAGAAAUGGAACAAGUGAGGAUGAGAAGGAAACUGCCAAGGAUAAGCUGCUGAGAGGGAAGAGGAACGCUUACUCAGACUGCCUGCAAAAUAUUCCCUGUCCUUACUGUCCUCAAGUCUUUCCAUGGCCGAGUGCCCUGCAGCGGCACAUGCUCAGUCACACAGAGAGCCAGGCGGAUGCAGAGGCACUAGCUACAGGAAACAAAGCCUUGAACCUGAGCUAUGGGGAGAAGGAGCAGUCAGAGGAAAUGACAGAGCUGCCAGAGAGUGAGCGCAGCCCCAAGGAGGAGCAGAAGGCCGAUUCCCUUCUGGCAGAAGAGGAUGCUGAAGAAAAAGUGGAUGGAUAUGAAGAGGGCCCUGAGGAAGAUUCUGUAAGUAACAAAAGUCUUGACCUCAAUUUUGCCAGCAAAUUAAUGGACUUCAAGCUGGCAGAGAGUGACCAGAGUGCAGGCAGCAGUUCUCAGACUGAAAGGAAACAUGCCUGUGAGAUUUGUGGCAAAACCUUCAAGUUUGCUGGCACUCUUAGCCGUCACAAAAAGGCCCACAUUCGUGAGGACAGAAAGGAUGAAAGGAGCAGUGAGGAUGAAAGCAAAAGCAUUCAGGAUGAUGCAGGAGCUCCCUCGAUGCAUGACUCUGGUCUUGAGCAGGAAGAGUCUCCGUUGGACUUGAAGGUAGUGGAGUCUCCUGUGGACUUUGAGGCAACAGGAAAGGAGAAUGAAGAGAGCGAAAGCAUCUCUGAGGGGGAAGGCACAGAGAGAAAGUCCACUGAGAAGAGCAGUGAUGACAAACCAAAGACUGAUGGGGCUAAGAGUACUGCAAAAGCAGACAAAAGAAAGAAAGUCUGUACUGUGUGCAACAAGCGUUUCUGGUCUCUGCAAGAUCUGACGCGACAUAUGCGGUCUCAUACAGGUGAGCGACCUUACAAGUGUCAAACCUGCGAACGGACCUUCACUCUGAAGCACAGCCUGGUCCGUCACCAGCGCAUCCACCAGAAAGUGAGAAAUGCCCGAAACCACGGGAAGGAGAGCGACAAGGAGGAGACGCAGUCGCGGUGCGGAGAAGACAGCGAGAACGAGUCCAGCCACAGCGGCGCCAACCCCAUCUCCGAGAGCGAGUGCGACUCCGCGGGGGCCAUCGGCAGCCACUCGUCCCUGGCAGGGAGCCGGAGCGAGCCCCCGGCCAGCACGGUCACGGACUCGCCCUGCGGAGAGGAGAGCAGCGGCGCCUGCCUCGCCGAGCCCGCCAAGAAACACGCGGCAAAGGACCAGGAACCGCGGGGCAGCUCCGAGCACGAGGGGCCCUCGGGUUUCAUCCAGGACUUGCUGGAGAUGCACAACGCUCCAUCUCCCAUGAAUCACAUCCUGGCCUCUGCCGACAGCGCGCCUCAGCUCUUGGGGGUGGAAUGACUUGCUUGGAGGUUGGACCCAUCUCAGCAGGCAAACUGAAGCCAGCAGAGCAAGGUUUCUGGAGGCUGUUUUUGGAAGAGCGACCUUACAGCUACGGGGAAGAGUAUGGCAGACUGGACGUGGUGCCAUAUGCCUUUCAGUAUAAUAAUGCAAGAGACUACAGUAUAUACUGAUUUGAGUGCCUUACUACUUUAUUAGAUCUUUUGGUAUUAUAGAUUUUUUUCAAAAAUGAUUUUAAUAUUUUAAAGAAUUAUUUGGAGAGGACCCUUUUUCAUUUAAGCAUUAAUGUUACCUUUUGUAUUGGUGUGCGUGAGCUUGUUCUUGUAUAUCUGUGAUAGUCGCUGUGUUUGUUCUCUGAGCUGGAAAUGGGGCAGUGGGGUGGGAGGCCCUUGGAUACCAUAGCCAAUAACUGGAAGAAAAAUGAUGUGAAUUUCAUAUGAAAUAGUCCGAGGAGAUGCAGAGGAGACGUUGAUUUAUUGUUUUUUUUCUCAGUAGAUGUUCUUGCAUUUGCCACAUGGUGGAGCAUUAAGCCUGUUCCAGGCACGAACAACGUGGCAGUUGAAGGUGUUCAAAGUGGUUCAAGCCAAAAGCAGGAAACACAAAUUAAUUUCAACCUCAUGCUUGUUUCCACUUUUCAGCAUUAGAAGUGGUCUUCUAAAUCCUAGGGGUUUUUUCUGGCCAUCACGGACUGAGCGUGUAUACAGAGAAGAGUUACAUAGCAACGUAACCUAUGGAAAUUAUGCACCCGCUGUUACAUAUGUUUGAUUUGCUUCAGUAUAUUAUUAUUAUUAUUAUUAUUUUAUUAUUAUUUUAUAAAUCCAUCAGUUCGCUUGUCUCUGCAGUCAGCAGAAGCCAAUGGGCAAUAUUUGCCCACGGAGAUGCGUAGCGCAGCUUGGAUCCCGUCUCGGAGUGUUCUUGACUCAUCAGCUUUCACCAGCUCCUCCUCCUCCUCCUGUUGUUGUUGCAGCUCUUCUACUGUACUUUACAUGAACCCCUUCCUCCGACCGGAGCGUCCCGUGGAGGCCAGCGAGGUACCGUGCCCGUGCGGGCGCAUCUCCCUCCUUCCCUCCUUCCCUCCCUCCCUCCUCCCUGGCGGUGGGCACGGGCGGCAGCGGAGCCCCGGCUGCGGGAGAGGGGCGCCCCCAGUGCCGCAGUGACCUCGCUGCCCUCCCCUCGGCGACGGUCACUCACUCACAGAGCAAAGUUAUCCCGUCUUCCAGUGGAAAGCAAGAGAGAAAUGCGAGCCUUACCCUCGUCUUGCUUCUGUCGUGUUCUAAGAGCAAGAAAAUACUACUGGUGAUUAAACUACAGAUAUACGACAUGUUAAAAAUAAAUAAAAUUAAUUUAAAAGAAAAAAAAAAAUAAAUUCUUCCUGAGAUUUUGGGGUUGAUGCUUGAAGACUUGAGGUGUGUGUCUAAAUUUCAUAUCAGUAAUUUAACCCCUUUAAUGCUGGCAGCUGGAAUUUCUCCAUAUGGCUCCUGUUGCCGGCAACAGGUGACAGACACUCCAGCCUCCAAUAUUGAAGGGGUUAAACGAAAUGUAUCCUACUGUAGCUGCGCAUUUUUAGGAGUGCCCAGCAUUUGUGUUGUUCUUGUCGUUGUUGUCGUUAUUGUUGUUUGUUAAAUGUCCUUCAGUCAUGACCUCUGGGACAGACAGAGCCAUAAUAGCAUUGCCGGAGCCUCACUGUGCUAUUCCACCACUGCAGCCCCCAGCCCAGCCCGCACUGUGACCCUCCCUCCUUCCCACCACAGAACUGCUUUUCCUGCUCUCACCAGACAUGGAGGAAGUGGGCCUCGGACCCAGUCUAUAUUAUAUAAUAUAUAUAUAUAUAUCUAUAUAUAUCUAUAUAUUAAAAAUUCUCUGAAAAAUUUCUGGAGACUGAAAUCUCACUGUCCAGAAUUCAAAGGAAGAGAAAUGUUCUUGAGUAAUAUUCUUGCAAAUAGAAUAAGAAAAAAAUGGUUGAGGUAUAUGUGAUUUCUAUUUUUUUUUGUGUUUUGUUUUUUUUUUUUUUUACUUUUAAAUAGGGAUGUUUGAACCAGUUCAGAAACGAAGCUAACGCCAGAUAUAGAUAAAUCAAUCACAACCAAUGAUUCAUUUGAAACUCUACCCAGGUGCAUUCUACUUAAUUAAAACCAGUUCACGCAUCCCUUAAAUUGUUAUUGCUAUUAUAAUUAUAAUAAUAAUUAUUAUUAUUAUUUUGGGUAAUUUUUUGUUUUUGUAAUUUUUUUGUUUGUUUAUUUUGGGGUUGUUGUUUUGUUGUUUUGUUUUGGGUUUUUUUUUUUUUUUUGCAGCUCUCCACACUAAACUGCGCAAUACUGUGGGGGAGAAGCCAUUACUAAACUAUAUGCUGCAGAACAAUGUAGCAAGUAAUUAAUUCCCAGCAGCCUGCCGGGACAUCUGCUAGCAAUAAUCACUAUUGAUUUAAAGCUUUAUUUAGCCUUUAUCUAUAUCCUAGUAGAGUAUAAGGUCUUGCCACAUUUUAUUGACAUUUUUACUAGUUGAGUUUGACUGAGAACUGUUGCUGUUGUUGGGGUUUUUUUUGUUUCCCUUCCUCCCCCAAUAUUAAACUGUGAAAUUUAUAAUGUGUUUAAACUAUGGGUGAAUCUUAGGCUUUAGUUUGCAUGUUCAGCUAAUUUGUCUCUAUACGAUUUUCGUUUGAAUCUUUUUAUUUUUUUCCUCUCUCAGGGCUUUUACAAAAAACAAAAAAAACAAAAACAAAACAAAAAGAAAACAAAAAAAAAAUCUUCUAAAAUUCUUUUGCCUGAGUUGCAAUGGACUUAACAUGGAGAUAAUUCAAUCACUACAUUAAGCACUUGACUGUGAAAGCGCAAAAAAAAUAAAGGAAAAAGAAAAAAAAAGAGAGAACCUUGUUUGAGGCUGUUGUGAAAUAACUUUAGUGGGCUAUGUGACAGUCUGAUUCCAUUUUCAGAAUGAUUCAUCCUCUCUUUCCUCUCUGUGUGUCUCCUUUCUCUCUCUUCUCUCUCCACGAAGGAAGUUUAAUCCUAGUGAUUUCAUCCCAUGCAGGAAACAGUAAUAAAUGUGUAGAAUUCAUAUUUUUCUAAAGGGAACUUAAACUGCUGCUACGAAUUGUGUACAAGACUGGUUUAUGCCACAUGAACAGAGAAUCACACAUAGUUUUGGUACUUUUAUUCCUCUUUUUUUCAGUUGUACAGUACUUCCAAAUUCAAAAUAAAAAGUAAAACUUGUUCUGUAUCAAACCAUCUAAGCAAUAAAAUGUUAUAUUUAAAAAUUAUAGGUUAUUGAAUGGGCGUGGCGCUUCUUGUGGGUUUGUGGUGAUGUUCUCUGCCUUAGCUCUGCUGGAGGACGACGUGCCAGCCGGAGUUUGUCUGUGCCAAUGGAUCACUGUUUCUCUUCCUUGGGUUGAUCUGAAUUUGGGCUGGAGAUGAUUGCAGCACUCUGAAAACUCGUGUUCAUUUUGAGCACUGUUUUCUGGUAGCCAGGCCCCUUUGAAAUGCUGCUUGUCUCCCGGUGCAGUUCCUCAACGCAGCGACUGAAGACAGCAGAAAAUGCUGAUUUUCCUGCAUGGGCAGGGUCAGGAUUCUUUUUCAAUUAAUGGUAGCCCCAGGGUCACAUAGGUGAGCAUCCUCUCAGCAUGUAGUGUACCAGUCACUAUUUUAUAAAUUAGGUAGGUUUCUGCUACCACAGUUUCCUUCUUGCAUAAAUGUUUAUGGCUGCAAAUUCUUCAGGAUGCAUUCAAAAGCCAUAUGCAUGUGUCAUUAACAGAGACAAAUCCUUUGGUUUAGCUUGUCAGAGCUGCCUUAGCUGCAUUUUAUGUGCUUUCCUAUAAAAAAACCCCAUUUCACAGGACAGUGAGCCAAAGAAUCAUCUGAGUUGUGCAUCCAGCUCUCAAGGCCAGGGAAUUGCAGUGAAGCAAAGCAUCCACAUCUUCCUAAGUCCUGCUGCGGUGGUGCUUUCUGGCAGAGAAGUGAACCAGGUUCAGAAUGAGAGACAGACUGGGGGGCUGAGCUGCUGCUGCUUUCCUCCCUCAGACCUCCUGCACCUUCCCCAUGGAGGUCAGAAUGCUGAGGACCUUCGUCCCUCACCCGCAUUCAGCCAGCUCAGCCCCAAACCAAGGAUAUCUGAUGAAGUGGAGCUCUGAAAGCUCUCUGGGUGAGCUCAUUGGGUGGAAACAUCAUUUCUGAGGGUGGAAAUCUCCCCUCAGAAUAAUAAUUUUCCCUCUCCCACCCACUGACCUGAAUCGCCUCUCCUCUCGUGAGACUGAUGGGAAGCUCGCGUCCAAGUGGCCCGGGGACCUGUCAGGAGGUGUAAAAUCAAAUGGGAUGAGUUUAUGUGGCUAGGAAGUGCUGGUGACUAAUAACUUACAAAACAGAUGACUUAGAAAGCACUUGGUUCUUGGUUUUUGGCCAUGGAAGAGUAUAAUUGCAGCCCUUUCCUCCUUCUACCUCAGUUUGACAGUGACUAUUGCCGAGUUGGGAAUUCUCCUGCUCUUCCUGUCUUGGACAGGGUAAUACCCUGCAGACCAGCUGAACUGUGCUCCUUGCUGGCAUUUCCCUUUCCCUCUUCCUGCCUCCACUCCUUCCCACACCAGCACCCAUGGCAGGGAUAGCUGCAGCUGGCCUGAAACACCAGGUUAGCAGAGGUGGGGAGGUAUCUCCAUGUGCCUCCUCCAACUUGCUGCUUCCUCACCUCAUUCCCUAAAGCUUUUCUUCCCACCCUGGCAAGAGUGAAGCUGGACUUAAUUCCUGACAUGGAGGGGGAGAGUGGCACAGCCCCUCUUUGAGGCACUGCUGUGCUUCAGGUGUGGAGGCCACGUGCUGGCCCAGAGCAUUAAAGCUUGGGGAUGACCUAAGUCUUCUGCCACCACAGGGAUGCCUUGGCAAGGGGCACCAGGAAGGUGGGUUUUUUCUUGCAGUGUGGAGAGUGAAGCUGUGGGGACGGGCAGGAGAUAGCAGAAUUGGGUGAAAACUGCCCCAAAACAGAACGUGAAGCCUGGUUGGAGCAUCUUUUCUUUUUUUUUUUUGUUUUCUGCUACUGAAAUGCAAACAAGUAAAGAGAAAGGAAUAAAGUUACUUGCUUUUCAUUAUGCAGCUGUCUCAAAGCAGCCAGCAUUUGUGAGAUGGGAGGGCUGUACACCUACACGAAGAUCUUCAGAAAGUGAGUGCAAUGAGAAGUGAUUUGCUGUUGACACUUAACAGUGUUUUGGCCUGUUCUGUUGGAAAAACCCUUUCUCAAACAAAAUGAGUCACAAUUCAACUAGCAAAGGCAGCAAGGGGCAAAAGUUAAUUUGAAAUCUUUCCUUUUUCACAAAUCUCCAGUUUGGGGAAUCAUACAUGCCAUUUUCUUUCAGCAUUUCUGUAGUUAUGAUGGGAUUGAAAAUGUCACUUAUGGAAACCCUGAAGUUCAGGAUUACAUCAAAGGGAGACUCAAGACUCCAGCACAGAAUAACCAGCACUUUCUGUACAUCAAAAAGGCACCGUUUUUCAUUACCCACUCUGGCAAAGCAAAAAAAGAAAAGGGUGGAGAAAUGGGAUUGUUCAAUUGGAACAUCUCUUAACUGCGGGACUGUGGGAAAAGGGGCCAUGCCAGGACUUCCCAAAACCUGAGUACUGGAGUAGCAUCAGGAAGGGAAGUGAGUUAAAUCUGUACAAGGCACAUCAUCUUUGGGUGUCGUGGGUCAGCUGAGCCCUGCAGCGGAGCAGGAGCAGCACUAAAGUACUUUCCCCCUUUCAUCCCCUUCCUUGGCAGUAAUUACUGUGCAGGGGAGAGGCUGCAUCCACUCUGCAACAGCCAAAGGAGCCAUGAGAGAGAUACUGGGAUUUGGGCUCCAAUCUGCUUGGAAAUAAAGGAAUUUACUUAGAUUUUGAAAACCUCCUCCAUGUCAGGGAAGAGCUGAAUGUUCCAUGAAAAAUGGUGUGAGGUUGGGAAGGGGGAAGAGUGUGUACAAGGAAAGGUCUAACCUGCUAGUGGGAUGGCUUGAUCUGCAUACACAUCUGCACCCUAGCUUGGCUGGUGUCUGAGCUGGGGACGUGAUGGGUCACCUGGCUGUGUAUGCUCUCCCCAGUCACUACAGCGAUCCCUGGAGUCCUGGCUGUGCUCUGGAGUUCUUGGCUUUGGCCACCAGCCCCACACUGGAGCUGCCCUCCUUGCCCAUGUCCUCAUGUGCACACUCAGGGAAUGGGGGAAACCAACAUCCAGGAGCAAACUGUUGUCCCUGUCUGGAAACUGGUGAUGCCAGUACCUGCAGAUUUGCUGGCGGAUCAGAGGAUUUCCCUAGUCUUGGGCAAUUAGUGCCACGCUGGAUCACAGGGUUAGAAAAACUGGAAACAACCCUAAAAUGACAGGAGGUAGAGCACAGCUGGGGUUUCUGAGCUAACAGCUCUGCUGAGAGUAUGUAUGGUCAGUCUCUUCCUCUGGUUUUGAAGUAAAAACAUUAACAGGAAUAGUGGCUUGUUCAUGGAGCCCCUGCCAGAGCCUAAAGCAUCUCCUGAAGGUGCAGGGUCUUGCACUCAGCAAAUUCAGACCUCUUGGCCUUUCUCAACACAGCCUCCAUGGUGUCCUUCCUUGUCCCCUCAGCUGAGGGUUGUGUUUUUGCAAUGCAGUUUCAGGGAAUGCAUUUUUAGGUGAUUAAAACUUUUCUCACCAGUCCUGAAAGGAUGAUUUAUGCCAAGUAAGCCCAAGGUGUUUCUCCCACAGGAUGAAUAGGUGUCACACACAGAUGGUGUGUGUCCUUGGCCCUGUGACAAGUUAGGGACUCACUUGUCCAGUGGUCUGCAUGUAUUUCUCAGGAAAUAUCAGAGGACAGGAGGGGAAGGGAAGGGGCAGGGGGAGAAUAGCACAGGGAGGAGUGCUCUGGCACAGAAUUAUUUGGUGUUUUUAGGAUUUGUCACCAGCUGCAAGAGCACCAUCCCUGUGGGCUGCCAGGCCUCAUCAGUGGCUUCACCUGGGCAGGGAGGCCUAUUUAAAACAAGGGGAGGGAUGAGAGUUGGGCUGUGGGCAAGGGGAGAGUUGUUUGUGAGCAACAUCAAGUUCUGUAUUGUAAAAAGAUGUUUAUGAGGCCGUUUUUCCAGAAGUAUCUUUUUUUAAAAAAGGAGUCAAUUAGUACCUGGGAGAAAAAGGGUGGGGAGGCAGCUGGCCUGCUCAAAGGCAGCAGUGAAGACACAGACUGCUGCCUUCUGUGCUGUCACUGCACAGAAUGGAUCCCAAAAGACACAGGAGCAUCUACCUUGCUGUUGUGUGCAAGUGUCACCCCGGGUAAGUGAUGUGUAACCUGCACACAUGUGCCAGUGUUAAUGGGCUUGACUGAGCUCUCUGGGGAGAUGUAAACCUCCAGAGUGUGGCCAGGUAAGGGGCUCUGAUGCCUUCAUUUCAAGAUGUGUCUGAAAUCAGCCUGAAGAAGUGAAACUAAAUGGAGUUGAGAAGCAUUCUUCAGGCUUUUCAAAAAUUCUAGUAUUGCCUACUUUCAUUUUUCAAGAUCCCUCUCAGAAUGCUAAAAAAAAAAUCCUCACAAAAAGGAAGCAGGAGUUUUUCAUAUAUUAAACAGUAGUAAAAUGGGAAGACUUCUCUGACUCACCCAACCUCACUGCGUAAUGCAGUAGAAAAUGUUGUAGCAAUCCUCCCAACUAGUAGGAACUGAAAAUAGCUUUCUCCUUUGCUGUGCUUGUUUAUUUCUCCUGUGCCAGAUCUGUCUCUUGUUUGGCAGGGAAAACUGCCAGGAGUGUAUGAGGAAACUCUGGGCGAUGGUGUUUGGAAUACGCUGUUGUGAAAGCACUUGAACUUCUCUAGAGCCUUUCAGCAGAGGGUUGUGAAGCAGUUUACGAACAUCAGUUAAUGGGAGGCUGUAAAUAAGAGAAAUCUGCUGGAGAAAAGGCUUUUCAUCACCAAAGGGCUGAUCUGUUUUCACAAUCUCGGAGGCAGAGGUUACUGUAGAGGAGGCCAGCGCCGCUACGGGCUGACUUUCUGUCAGUCAUUUUUAGCUGUAACCACACACGGAGCACGGCCCUGCUGCUCGUGAAAAUGUGCCAAGGUUGGGACAGAAUGUCAGCCAGAGGGGUCGGUGGCUCCAGGACAGGGCCUGCCCCGAGCACUGGGGUAGGAGGAAUGGCAGAAAUAAACACUCCUGUGAACGUGUGCACACAGGUCCAUGGGCCCCUGCCCUCAGACAUGGAGCUGUACUUGGGUAACAAAAGCAAUUGGUGUGUUGGCCUUUCCUCCCAUCUCCUGUUACCUGAUCCUGCAGAGAAUGACAGCCUAGGUUUGUUGUUUGCAAUGAGCAGCACCUGACUUCCAAGCAAUCUGCACCCAAAAUAAGUAUUUCUACUUUAUUUGGGGUGAUGGCAGUGCUAGCUGUGAGAUGCAGGCUUGCUUUGACCAAUAUUCCUCCCAAGUUUUUGCAACUCAAGCUUUACUGUAUGACCUGUGCUUGGGAAGGGCAAAACCUGGCUGUAAACAGAGACUGUAACCUUUGUCAUUGCUGUUUAGUUAUACCAAAGCCCAGCCCUGCUCGAUGCAUGGGGCUCCUGGGCAGCAGCUGGGGAGGGGGCAGCACAUGCACCUCCCAUGUCCUGCUGCAUGCACUGCUGCCGAAUGGGAUCCAGCACUCCCAGAUUUGCACACUUUGCCAGAAAAGUCCCUUUUUGGUGGCAGGACAUUUAACACCAUUUAAUCUGCUGCCGUCAAGAUGCCUGUAUCACGGACGCUUUACCGGCUCCAAGGCUACGUGCACCAGGUCCACAAUAUUCCACAGUCAGAGAAAAUCAAAGUAUCAACCUGUCUGCAUUCACACAGCAGUCAGUGUAAGUCUGCACCACAACACAGUGAGCCUGACCUUUGAUCUUGUGUCUAUAUCACUCUGGCAGCAUCUUGGAGUUUAAACCACAGAGGGUGCCUAGCACAGCUACUCAAGACCCAGAACUCACCAGAACAUGAGCUGGGGCUGUAAGUGAUGGAAAGGGAGGGAUCUGGACAAGUGAGCAACCUGGGCACCCUGUGGUAAUCUAUUUUGGAACAGGAUGCAGAGCCACAUGCUGCCUUUAAUACAUUUGGUUAUUACUUUUUAUGAAUGCACAUCUUUGACAGUUUUUAACUUUUUCUGAACCUUAAGAUUCUCUUUAGCAGCUGCAGAACACCUACUUAAAAAUUAAGGUACUUAAUUUGAAAAAUAGUGAUAGCAGCUUCUCCACCAGUUCCUUCAGGCAGUGUUUUACUGAACUGCAGCUGAGGGAUGCUUUGCACUAUGUCAGCAGGUCCUUGGUGGCCUGCACUUAUUCCCACUGCACUGCAUCAGUGACAUCUGGCUCCAUUCAAUUCCAUAAAUUCGGCAGAAUGGGAAUGACAGGGUGAUGGUCCCUGGGGACUGCCAGUGAAAGGAAAGGAGUAACCACAAGGGGUGCUGCAGCUCGCUAAAGGAACAGUAAAUGACACCCAGCGAGAUGGGAGCAGGAGUUCAGCCUCAGGAGGACCUUGAGGGAAUGUCUUGCUCUGCAUGAGCACAAAGUGAUUGUUCUGGCUGCAUGACUAUGACUGGUGCCUUGUAUUUCACCCUUGGUGUACCUUUAGCUGGAGUGGUGGUAAUGGAAUGCUGCAGAACUGCAAUCUGCCAGGCAAAAAGGUGGUGGAAAGGAGAUGGUCCCUGAGCAGUGUAUUUCUAAAAUAUUUCUUCAGUUUUUUUCUUUGCUGUGGUGCCUAACAGCAGGAUGUGCUUCCUGGUUUCCAAUUGGCUUUAUAGCAGCAACAAGUUAGGAUUAGUUGGGCAAAAUGUCAUUUCCAGCUGUGAGAAGUAAUUCCAUGCUCUAUGAAUGAACCACUAUUACAAACAACCAAGCAUUAACUGAGCCUUAAAUACAGGCUCUGAGGAAAAUAUGACAUACUUCCAAAUAAAAUGUUUUAGGGUAUUUGAACUUGCUUCUAAAUAUAACCUGUUAUUUUGGUAGCUAUGUUUGCCAUACUGUGCUCAACAGUCAUCAGAUGCCAUUUAAAUUCCAGCUUUUCCUUUCCAAUGGAAACCUGCAACAGGGCAUUUUAACUGCCCUCCUUGCUCUGUGGACUCCUCUAAAAGAAAACGGGGUGUUCCUUCUUUCUUUUACUCUUGAAAACUUAUGGGUGGAAAACUUGCCAGCUGAUACUGGAUCAAAUCCCCUCUUAGGGCAAGGUCCUGUCCCCUGCUUGCUUCUGCAGGGCUGUGGAUCCAGGCUCUGCCAGGGGAGUUCCUUCAGUGUUCUGAACAGUCUGACUCUUUGAUUCAGCCUGCAUGGAAAAGCUGAAUAGGAACCUCUCUGUGUCUGCAUGUGGUCAAGGUACACAUGGGGCUAAAAGAUCCAAUUUCAUUUAACUUCUAAGAAAAACUGGCUGUGGGGCCAAACACCAGGUGGCAGAGGCAGUGUGUCACUAUAAGUUCCACCUCUGCAAACCUUCAGCUGACCCUGUAGGUGGCCACAGCCCUGAAUUUUUUUGGAAGUAAAUACAACACCAGCAUUUACAGCUUAUCUGAGUUCAAGCUUCACAUUUGUCUGUUAUUUUCUGAACAGCGCAAAAAAGUGCAGUGCCCAAACUUACUUCAGUGGCCAAGAUAAAGCAUGGAAUGAUUUAGAAAGGCCAGACACAGUUGCUGUGACUGCUCCAUUUAGAUCCUGCUCUUUCAGAAGGGGCUAAAGCUCUCUUUGUGCUUGUCUGCUAUGAGCAGCAGCUGUCACCGGCUUGGGAGAUCCCUCAGCUGGCAGAUCUGGGAAUUGCUGGCUGUAAUAAUUUCCAUCUAGUGAACCUAGUACUGUAUUUUACCUCCAGGGUUAAUGCUCCACCACUACAGGCUCAUCUGUAUGGAAAAUACACGGUGUAGCUCCAUCCAGGCCCAGCAGGGCAGGACUGAACCUCCUUUACUAGAACAUUGACUGUGGAGUCCUCUUGAAAAUCUGCUCAGACCAUUGUGAGACCAAGUGCAUCAACUCCAAGUGUUCUCUUUGCUGUGUGAUAGAGAGCUCUCAAGUGACAGAUUCAUUAUGUGAACUUAGGUGGCACAGGGAAAACAGGUGUGAUUUCCAUGCAGGCUGAACAGAUUGAUAAUGAUGAGGAAAGGCCGGUUAAAAUUCAGCUUUGCCUUACCAGCUAAGGGACUGCAAUGUUGUAAUGCUGCAAUUUUGCUGCAUCGUGGUUAACACAGAUUUAUAGCCAAGACUAUUUACACAAGGGGACAGAAAAGACAGCCAGACAGAUAUUUAAGACCUCAUCUUGGUCUUGGUAUCUGUUCUUUCUGAGCCAGCUAUUGCAAUCUAUCUAUCGUGAUCUUUUCAGUGAAAGAUGAGGCAGGCUUCAAAUUCUAGUAAUUUUUAUGUGUUCCAGGACCUAAAAAUACAUCAACAUAUCUGCUUCUAGUUUUUCCCUCUUUUACCCACAGAUAUAGCUCACAAAUACAGGGGUCCCAGCAUUCUUUAUUCUUAAACCUUGUCUUGUUUUUUGUUGGCUUUUUUCCCCAACAAGCCUUACUGUCUUCUGUUUGGAUGCAGAACACCUGCUGGAACUGCUAUUUUCAGAGUAACUGCAUGGAAUGUGAGCAUUUGCUUGGUCACACAACAGCAUGCACAUAAAAACAGGAAGGAUUUGUCCUUGUGCUUCAGCAACCUUUAAGCAUCUUAACAGAUCCUUUUUAUGCUGCCUAUGGUUUAACAUGAGGUUAUUCCUUCUAGAAAUGUAGGGCACUAUGGCUCACUUUUAAACCAUCAGAAUUCAGGAAUUUACUGAACAUUUCCCCAGGGCCCUCCCUUAAGAGAAUUCUAAUCUUAGUUAUUAGUCCAUUGUCCAAAACAUCACAGAAACUUGCUCAAUAUUAUUUCCAUUCCAAUUACACAGGUAGAAAGGCAGAUUUUUAAGAAUGGCAUGUUUUCACACUUUGCAUAUUUCCUACUACCGAUUGCUUAUCAAGGAAAAGGCCUUUUUUUGGUGCCAUACUCAUGCUUUAUUAAAAAAAAAAAAGCUACACAAUGCUAAGGAAAAAAAAA